CUAUAAAUCCAAAGGGCUCGCCUCUUGUAAGACUACCCGAAGAGCUGGCUCCUGAGAGGAUUCGCUGCACCUCUCAAAUCCUCUUCCUUCCUUUUGUUUUCCUUCGUUUUCUUUCUGAGGUUUUUCUAGUGUUGCUUUAAUUUUCUGUUUUAUUUUCCUGGAAAGUCAAACGGUUUUUGGUUUCUUGUCGAGUUCGUCUAGGCUCGAUCUCGAGGAAUCCCGACGUGAUAAAACGCAAGCGGUGUGUUUGGUUUCUACGAGGAUUCCUUGUUUAUAACAAAUAUAAAAACACUGUGGACUUUUUUUAUUUGAAGAAAGGAUAAAUCUGUGGACUUCGUUCUGUUUUCUCGCGAAACAACCUGCCGAACCAUAAGAUCCUCCACUUUUCCUUUUAAAUCCGUUCUGAUUUUCCUUUCUUUCUUGCUUGCCGAGCACUGGAAGCAUUGUGUGAAAGAUUUGGUAGUGGAAAUCAUCCCAGAUCCGGAAUCCUGUGUUUCUGAGAACUCUGUUUGAUUGUAAUCGUGUAGAUCCGGUUCUGCUUGUGUUUGUUCCUCUUUCCAAUAAGAAUUUCCUUGUCGAAAAGCUUUGUCGUCGUAAUUCUCCGGAAAAUAUACUCUUCUGAACAUUGUUUAUUAGUGUUAACCGGUUAUUCAAUAAUGUCGGCGACUUCUAACUCCAUCCUCCAGCUUCGCACCAAUCAUUGUCCCCUGACUUCUCUUAGCAAAUCCUCUGCUACUCCUCAGUUGCACAUCGCUCCGGUUAGCUGCCGUAGAACCAGAGCAGCACGAUGCUCUGCUGCGAAGAAAGCGACGGUCGUGGAGAAGAAGUUCAUGGGGGCCCGUUUGAGGGGAUCCGGUUCCGAGAGGCUUCAUUUCUGGCAAUCGGACGGUCCUGGUCGUUCACCGAAGCUCCGAGUGGUGGUCCGCUCUGCAUUGUCCGGGGUGCCGGAGAAACCUCUCGGUCUCUACGAUCCAUCUUUCGAUAAGGAUUCGUGUGGGGUCGGGUUUGCCGCUGAAUUAUCCGGCGAAAGCAACCGCAGAACGGUAACGGAUGCUUUGGAGAUGUUGAUACGGAUGUCUCAUAGAGGUGCCUGCGGAUGCGAGACUAAUACCGGAGAUGGAGCUGGAAUUCUCGUGGCUCUUCCUCACGAUUUCUAUAAGGAGUUCUCGUUCGCUAGAGCUGGCUUCAUUGUUUAG